AAAUAGAGGAGCAUGGUGUUCCGGCCAAGUCUUUUAGCACUAUACAAGUCACUGGGACUUAACUUGGACUGCAAGGAAAAGCAGAGUGCUCUGAAUUCUGUGCGUGUAUCUCUGCCACCUGGAGGAAAUAGGACUGAAAAGAGAAAUUACACUGAAGCUAGGAUAAUAGGAAAACAUUGCAUUCUGUGCACAUGACAGGGAAUACCACUCUGUCCCUUUGCAACUUGCCAAUGUUCCAGCUGACAGCCACCCCAGCAAGUGCCCUUGCAGAUGAGCCGGUGCAUAUCCGAGUGACUGGCCUGCCCCCGUUGCAGCUGGUGACCCUAACAGCAUCUCUGAAGGAUGAGAAGGGGAACGUGUUCCAGUCCAAAGCCUUCUACAAGGCGAAUGAGGUUGGUGAGCUGGACCUAAUGGAGGCUCCUGCAUUUGGAGGUGACUACGUGGGGGUCCACCCGAUGGGCCUCUUCUGGUCUCUGAAGUGUAAGAAGGCUUUCAGGAGGCUGUUGAAGCAAGAUGUGAUGAACAGCCCCUUUUUGGUCACUCUGAACCUCUAUGACACAGUUAGUUUCCAGGGUUUCAGCAGAGAAGAGCCCAUGGCCAGCCAGGUGGUCCAGCGCUGGUUUUCGGCCCCUGGGGUACAGCGGGUGCAGGUCCGAGAAGGUCGGGUGCGGGGAGCUCUUUUUCUGCCUCCAGGGGAAGGGCCUUUCCCAGGAGUCAUUGAUUUGUUUGGGGGCCGAGGGGGUCUGGUUGAAUUUCGGGCCAGUCUUUUGGCUGCGCACGGCUUUGCCGUGUUGGCAUUAGCGUAUUUUGCCUACGAAGAUCUGCCUGAGUUACUGCAGGAGAUCAACCUGGAAUACUUUGAGGAAGCUGCUAACUUGCUACUAGCUCAUCCCAAGGUCCAAACGCCAGGAAUUGGAGUGAUCUCCGUGAGCAAAGGUGCAGAGAUCGGGCUGGCCAUGGCCUGCUUCCUGAAGCAGGUGGUAGCCACCGUCUGCAUCAAUGGGACCACUGCCAUCUACGAAUUUCCACUCAGGUACAAAGAUCUGGUGAUAGCACCCAUCCCCAUGUUUAUGGAGCGCUUGCAGUUUGACAUCUCCGGGGCCGUACGCCUCCUCCACUUCAGAGGGGACCCCCGGGAUAAGGUGAAUCAGCGGAGCGUGCUUCCUGUCGAAAAGGCCCAGGGUUCGAUCCUCUUCAUUGUUGGAGAGAACGACGAAUGCUUGAAGAGCAGGGAGUAUGCUGAGCAGGCUCUGCACCAGCUGCAGAACCACGGGAGAAACAAUGGAAGGAUGCUGGUGUACCCGGGGGCGGGCCAUCUCAUCGAGCCACCCUACGCACCCUUGUGUUACGCUUCCCCAAACAUGAAACUUUCUUCGCCCCUGCUCUGGGGAGGGGACCCCACUGCCCAUGCCGCAGCUCAGGAGCACUCCUGGGGAGAGAUCCUGAAAUUCUUCAGGCAACACCUUAUUCAAGCCAGAAGCAAACUCUGAGCCAGGGCUCAGGGUGACGAUGAAGUGGGGAGACAAAAAAAUAAGACUAAGGCAGGGAUAGGAUGGGAAGAGGAGGUUCUCCUGACUGCUCUAGGUUCACAGUUAUCCUGAAUCAGUUGUUACAAAGUAGGGCAAAAAUCAAGGGCUAAUGGCACAAGAUCAAUAUUUGACAAAUUUGUAUGGAAUUUGAACUUUUUGUAAACUGAAUCUUAGUUUCUAUGCACCAGGGUACAUUGCCGUCUCAAAACUGUGAUGCCCUAGCAAACUGAAUUAUCUUUUGCUUCCCAGGUAGGGCUACCUUGGACCCAGGGAUUGCCCAUCUAGAUUAAUUCCCUGGAACUUCCAAGUUACUUGUGGAAAAACAAGUCACUUCUGUUUAAAAUUGAGUUUCUGACAUUUGAUACGAAAAGUUCUAAUGUCACCAUCACAUGUAAUGCUCGUUAUUGAUUUCCAAUAGAUACUUUAUUUUUUUUCUCAGAAUAGUGAUGUUUCUUUUUAUCCAUAAAAUAUAUUCCUUUUUCCAACUUUAAUCAGGAACGGGAUUGAAUUUAAUCACGUGCUUUUAUAGCAUUUAUUGAAAUUAGUUAUUGAAGUUAGUUAAUAUACUUAAAGCAAUUAGAUUAGCCCAGGUAUGUAACAAUUAGUGUAUCAGAAUUGACUAUAAUUAUUUUCAUAAUGCUUUCUUCCUUCAAUCUGUUAAUGUGGUGAAUUACAUUCAUUGAUGGACUCAUGUUGCUUUUGUGUCUGAUUUUACUAGAUGAUUUUUCUCAUAUUGACUAAUAUGGGUUUUAAAAUUUCUUUUGGGGCCAACCUGGUCAUUCCUAUUUUCUCAGAAUUUCACCCAUAUUUUCUAGAACACAUUUUUCACUUAUAAUUUUGCACAUAUCCCCUAUUAUUUGCAUUCUUUCUCUUUUUUCCUCUCAACCUGAUUUACCAAAUAUUUUUCUAUUUUGUGGAUCUUUUCCAAGAACAAUUUUUGGUUUGUUUCUUGGUCA